UUAGCAGGCCAGAGCCAUUUUCAGACUGCUGUCAGGCGGCAUGGGGGAGGCACUACUGAACAGGGGAAUCCUGACCAUCAUUAAUGUGAACAGGGUCCUCCAGAUGUAUUGACAGUCAUUCAGGAGGGUGGCUUUCGAGGAGUUGGCAGACAGCCACCUGCAUUAUCACCAUGAUGCUGUGCAGAUACUACUGGAGGAGGAAGAGGACUACAUUGCCUUGUUGACUCUUUCCUGGAGCUGUUUCACUCCCUGGAGUGCUUCUAGUGGGGUCAGUCAACCAGCACCAUCAACUGGUGGACUGGAUAGUGCUGCAGAACUGGGAUGACCAGCAGUGGCUACAUAACUCCUCAUCCUGGAGAUCUGUGCACAGCUCACCACAGAGUUUCAGCAGCAGAACACCAGCAUGAGAGUUCCCAUCAUCAUGAAGAACUUGUUUGCUCUUGUUGUUCCCAUGUUACCCUUUUGGGUAACCGGCGCCGCAGCUGGGAUUGUCUUCCUGCAUCUUAUCCAGAAACUCCUCUUCCCCUACUUCUGGCACGACCUGAAAUACCUGCUUAAAGUGAUAAAGUAUGGGCUGACCUUGGAGAUCUACAGACUGCGAGGGAAGAUUUUCACGGUGCUGGACAGGUUUGUGAAACAAGCUGAAAGGCAGCCCAACAAGCCAUUCAUCCUGUAUGAAGGGGAUGUUCACACCUACCAGGAUGUGGAUAGGAGGAGUAACAGGGUAGCUCAGGUCUUCCUGCAACAGGGAGCUCUGAAAAAGGGGGAUACGGUGGCCCUGCUGAUGAGUAAUGAACCCGACUUCAUCCAUGUGUGGUUUGGAGUGGCCAAGCUGGGCUGUGUGGUGGCUUUCCUCAACUUCAACAUCCGAUCCAGGUCUCUUCUGCAUUGUAUCAGCAGCUGUGAGUCCAAGAUACUCAUUGUGGGAGAAGAUAUGCUUGGGACAUUAGAGGAAAUUCUUCCCAACCUCCAAAAAGAUAUUGGUGUUUGGGUAAUGACAAGAGACUGCACUCUGCCACGUGUUAAUACCCUUUUAGACAAACUGGAAGCUGCAUCUGAAGACCGUGUACCAGUUAAUCUCUGCUCUGCAAACAACCUCAAGUCCUCCGUACUCUACAUUUUUACCUCAGGAACAACAGGACUACCAAAAGCUGCAGUUAUCAGUCAUCUGCAGAUUCUAAAAGGAGCUGCUGGAUUAUGGGCAUUUGGUGCUACUGCAUAUGACACUGUUUAUAUAACUCUCCCUCUUUACCACAGUGCAGCUUCUCUCCUUGGCAUUGGUGGAUGUAUUGAAUUGGGUGCAACUUGUGUCUUAAGAAAGAAAUUCUCAUCUAGUCAGUUCUGGAGUGACUGCAAAAAGUACAAUGUGACUGUUAUCCAGUAUAUUGGAGAACUUUGUCGUUAUCUUUGCAAUCAACCUGUGAAAGAAGGAGAAAAAGAUCACAAAGUUCGCUUGGCAGUUGGAAAUGGAGUAAGGAGUGAUGUAUGGAGAGAAUUUUUAGGCCGAUUUGGUGACAUCAAGAUGUGUGAGUUUUAUGGGGCUACUGAAGGAAACAUUUGUUUCAUGAACCACACCGGGAAAAUUGGAUCUGUGGGACGUACUAAUUUCUUUUAUAAGCUUUUUUCCCCUUUUGACUUAAUCAAGUAUGAUUUUAAAAAAGAUGAACCAAUUAGAAAUAAGCAUGGUUGGUGUGAGAAGGUUAAGAAAGGUGAGGCUGGUCUUCUCAUUUCCAAAGUGAAUGCAAAGAAUCCCUUCUUUGGCUAUGCUGGGAGUAAGAAACAUACGGAAAAGAAAUUACUCUGCGAGGUGUUUAAGAAGGGAGACAUUUAUUUUAAUACAGGGGAUCUGAUGAUUCAAGACCAAGAGAAUUUUCUUUACUUUUGGGACAGGAUCGGGGAUACUUACAGAUGGAAAGGAGAGAAUGUUGCAACCACUGAAGUUUCUGAUGUCAUUGGUAUGUUGGACUUCAUACAGGAAGCCAAUGUAUAUGGUGUUCCUGUGCCAGAUCAUGAAGGAAAAGCAGGAAUGGUCUCUGUUAUUUUGAAGCCCAAUAAAUCAUUAGAUUUGGAACAAAUGUAUGAACAAGUUGUGACAUAUCUACCAGGUUAUGCUUGCCCGCUAUUUUUAAGACUCCAGGAAACAAUGGAAAUGACAGGAACUUUCAAACAACAAAAAUUUCGGUUGGUGAGAGAAGGCUUUAAUCCAUCUGCAAUCACUGAUCCACUUUAUUUUUUAUACAGUUCUAAAAAAUCUUAUGUUCCAUUAACCAAAGAACUUCAUGACAAGAUCUUAUCUGGGCAGCUGAAACUUUAAUUAGUGUUAAAUUAUUAACAGAUUUGUUAACUACUUUGUAAGAAGCAACAAGUGCACUAAGUAAUAUUUCUAUGUAGUUUGUAUUCUUGAUAUUUUGCUGCCAUACCUUUUUGGAUUCAGAAGUUUUACUACACCUUUCAUUUGUGACCGUCACUGAACACUAAUAAUUUUCUACCUCCUGAAACACCAAAUAGUUAUAUUACUUAUAAAACAUGUUUAAAAUACAUCAUCUUUGUGAUAUAGAAUAUCAGGGUUGGAAGGGACCUCAGGAGGUCAUCUAGUCCAACCCACUGCUCAAAGCAGGACCAAUAUCCAGGCACAUUUUUGCCCCAGAUCCCUGAAUGGUCCCCUGAAAGAUUGAAGUCACAACCCUGGGUUUAGUAGGCCAGUGCUCAAACCACUGAGCUAUCCCUCCCCUAUGUCUUGAACCUUUUUUCUAUAUCAGACAUGAAUGAGUGAUAUUUACAGAAAAAUAAUAAUAUACACAGAAAUAAAUUAUAUUGGAAAAAUAUACUAGUGUUAGUACUGUUGCUUGAGACUAACAUCUAUUUUACUGUAGUUAAUAGUUUUCCUGUACAUUUCAUAAAGCCUAAUAAUUAUUUAUAAAAUGAUAAUAUUAAAAAGGAACUGAAGAAAGGUAGGGAGAGAAACACAACAAACUAUAAUUUUCCUGCUCUAUGAAAACAUUGACUUAAGCUGCUUAGGUUCAAUACAUGGAAAGCAUACAGUGUACAUUGUUUUUAUCUCCUUCCUUCAUGGCAUCUGGAUCUUGGUUCUGUCCUCAUCUGAUUCCUAAUCCACUUACAUUCUGCAUCAUAUUUAAAUUCCUUGUCCACACCUGAGAUGCAAGUUUACUGCUCUAAGGGCCCAGUCCAAAGCCGUUGAAGGCAAUGGUGAUUGCUCUGGCUUUUUCCAUUCACUUCUAUACAUGGGGGAACUAUCCCCCUUCCUGACCUUGUUUUCCAUAAUCCAGUCUUAACAUGCACACACUCCUAGAGACCUACAAAUCAUAACGCUCCCUUCAAAGCAACAUUAACAAUAUAAAUAAGAAGAGAGUUGGACACCAAAAAACGCUCUUUACAAAACAUGGAACUAAUGAAAUGUGUGGCAGCAUCACUGCUCAACAGCAUGUCUUUUUGUUGCAGUCUGGUCCCUUUCCUUCAUUUGUACCUUUUCUCUUUAGAUUGUAAACUCCUGAGGGAAGAGUAUAGUGUCUUGUAAACCAACUAGCACAUUUUUGGCAUUGGAUAAAAAAUAUCCAUGCAUUGAUGUGCAUAGUCCUGAUCUGUUGGGUAGUGUCGCUCAGAUGUAGUUAGGACAAAUGGAUUGGAAGUCAUUGCCAGCUAAUGGCAAAAAUUGUU